CAUUGUCUCUCUUUUCUUACCAAUCUACAACCUUAAAACCAUUUCUCGUUGUUUCGAUUUCUCAAAUCUUCUUAACCUUCCAAAGCAAAACCUAAGAUAGAAAAAAAAAAAACCCCCAUACAUCUCACUAGAACACCCUAUACUUAGUGUCUAUGUCACUCAUUAACGAUCAUUGCAAUGAGCCUAAUUACAUCUCAAACCCAAAUUCUUCAGAAGAUCUCUCUUCACCGGAGAAUUGCGGAUUAGACGGAGGAGCUUCAGCUUCAAGCAGUAGCACCAUGAAUUCUGAUCAUCAUCAACAGAAUCAAGGGUGUGUGUUUUACCCUUCCGGGGAAAGCAUUGAGGAUCAUAAUUCUUUGAUGGACUUCAACGCUUCAUCAUUCUUUAGCUUUGAUAAUCACCGAAGCUUUAUCUCUCCCGUGACAAACGGUGGUGCCUUCUCGGUCUUGGAGGAGAACAUGAGUUACGGCUACACAGGCUGGAGUCAUCAUCAGAUGGAUAGUAUUAGCCCUAGAGUCAUCAAAACACCAAAUAGCUUUGAGAAAACGGGCAGUUUUGGAUUGACUUCAAAUUCCACGAGUAAACCGGCGACAAACCAUGGAAAUGGAGACUGGUUAUAUUCAGAUUCAACCAUUGUAAACACAGGGUUAAGGCACGAGUCUGCGUCCCCUAAACUGGCUGGAAAUAAACGUCCUUGCACGGGAGAGAUCACUCACCUUUCGAAGAAGCCAAGUAGUGGUACCAGUGGAAAGGCCAAACCUAAGGCAACAACUUCACCUAAAGAUCCACAAAGCCAAGCAGCCAAGAACCGAAGAGAAAGGAUAAGCGAACGCCUCAAAGUAUUGCAAGAACUUGUACCCAAUGGCACCAAGGUGGAUUUGGUGACUAUGCUUGAGAAAGCAAUUGGCUAUGUCAAGUUUCUUCAAGUACAAGUUAAGGUACUUGCGGCCGAUGAGUUUUGGCCGGCACAAGGAGGAAAAGCUCCGGACAUUUCUCAAGUUAAAGAAGCCAUUGACGCAAUCCUCUCAUCAACGCAACGAGAUAGUAACUCAAACUAGAAAAAAAAGUAUAGCAGAAUAAUUAAUUAUGAAAUGU